AUGGAGUUCCUCCCCGUCCUUCAAAACAACUUCGACGAGCUAAAGCCCUCUCUCUUCGAACUCCUCUCCGAGCACCAACUCGCCGCCCUCCUCCCCCCCUCCCUCCGCUACCUCCUCGCCCUCGCCACCCACCGCCACCCGCGCUACCUGAUCCGGAUCCUCAACUCCUUCGACGAAGUCUACGCGCUCCUCUCCCUGCUCGUCGAGCGCCACUUCCUGCUCACCUACGGCGGCGGCUUCACCGAGAACUUCUACGGCCUGAAGCGCGCGCGCGUCCUGCGCGUCAAGGGCGGCGAGGUUCCGCGCGCACAGCUCGGCGCCGCUGACGCUGUCAGGGAGAGUCUGAAGCUGGGCAGGGGAGAUGUCUGGAGGAAUCUGGCGGUCAUGGUCGGGGUGCCGUACCUGAAGCGGAAGCUGGAUGAGGGGUACGACGUGCACGCCGCGCAUGCAAACGUGCUGGGGUUUCAGCGGCGGGACGAGCUUAGACCGGGUGCGAGUGUCAGCGAGAGGCUGUUGUUCUACUACAAGUGGUUCCUGCGCCGCAUCUAUCCCAGCAUGAACGCGGCGUACUAUUUCAGCCUGUUGGCGUUUAAUCUGGCAUACCUGUUCGACGGCUCGAAGUUUCACUCGCCGUGGCUGUGGCUUGUGGGCACGAGGAUGAGGCGGAUGGGGCGCGCGGAUUAUAAGGCUAUUGAAGCGGCUGCGGCGCCGAAGAUUACUGCGGCGAGGGCGGGCGCGAGACCAGGAAUGGGGGGGUCGGUGUUCAAUCCGAGGGUUAUGGCGGGGGUGGUGUACCCACGGCUGCUGUCGAGUCUAAGGAUUCUGCUGCCGACGUCGAUCUUUGCGCUCAAGUUCCUCGAGUGGUGGCACGCGUCGGAUUUCGCGAGGCAGCUGUCGAGGAAGGCGGCGGAGGCGCUGGAACUGCCGCCGCCGGUGGUGUCUGGGCUACCGGCGCCUGCGAGAGCUACGAGGAAGGGAGAGAAGGAUUCCGCAGACUUCAAGACCGACCCUGAGAAGGCCACCAAAUCUUCCUCCUCGCUACCGCCCAAUCCGCCAAUCUCAUCCCUCACCAACCUUCCAAUCCUCACAGUUCCCUAUCCCGUCCCCUCGGACUCCUCGCCGCCAGAUACGUCCCUUUGUCCGAUCUGCACCUCCCCGAUUGUUAACCCUACCGCUGCGCCCUCGGGUUACGUCUACUGCUACACCUGUAUCCACAAGUGGGUGGAUGGAACGCACGAGCGGCAGGUUGCGUUCAUGGAGGGCGGUGGUGGUGAAGAAGGGUGGGAUGAUGAAGGGAGUCGAGAGGGAAGGUGGGAGAGCGGGAAGGAUAGGGAUGCGGUUACUGGGCGGCGGCUGUUGGGUGGGACGAGCGGGUUGAGGAGGGUGAUUAUAUAG